UCUUAGAAAAAAAGUUCUUAUCUGGGUAAUCUAUUAAACUCUAUGCGCACAGAUUAAGCACGUAGGAGAUAUUCUGCCACCCAUAUAUCUGACAGUUCACACAUUAGAUCAUUACUACGACCAAUUCAUUCUUGAUUGUGAGCCAUCGGCUGACCAAAGCAUAUGUGAAUUGAACAGAGUGAGACUUUUCUUUAACACUCGUGGGUAAAGGAUUUGGAAAGCUUAAGCCUGGGAAUAAAUAAGGAGCUGCUAACGCAGUGCUCCUCUAUCUCAUUCUAAGCUCUAAUGGUGUACUUUAGGGAACAUUUUUGAGAGUACAUUUUUCUUCAUGUGAAACAGCGUGUGCCUGUGCCAGUGCUGAAUCAUAUGGACUGUCAUGACUAUUCGCAUAUGGCGAGAGGAGCUGCGUGUGCGUGGCGUGUGUGUGACCGUUUGCAGGCGUUGUCGGUUUGGAUAUAUAUCUACUAGUUCAGGGGUUGCAAUGUAUAACAUUAUCACUUUCACACUUUCGACGUGUUAAAAAGAUCCUUGAUUGGAGGCUGGAUUGCACUCUUACAGAACAUUGGUCACACGUGUAACCAAGUUGUACACCUGUUUAACCUGGUGUUAAAGAUAUUUUAACAUAAUGAUCUAUUGUCCUCAUUUUGUUUCAUAACCACAUCAUCUACAAAUGUUGUUUCACAGUCUUACAUUAACAGUAGUUUAAAUGUUUCCACUGGAAGCUCCAUGUUGAUUGUAUAUCAUGUUUUCCACUGUGUGCGUACAAGCCUCAAUAAUAUAAUAACUUGAUCAUUACUAUUAUUCCCCACUGACCUAUUAAUAACUUUAUUGCGGUAUAGAUGCAGUCUGGGCCAAUUUGAAACAUCACAACAUUUCCGGAUGAUAGUGUUCAGAACAUGGUUGAGGAGAGAUAUUCAGCUUUAAAUAAAAUGCGGAAAACAUUACCAUAUCAGGUGCUUACCUUCACAAUAAGAGUACCAUAGAAUAGAAAAUCCACAAAAUGCCUCUGAAUGUACUUAUUUUAAUUUCUAGCACAUUCUAACUUUCAGCUAUACCAUUCAGUAUGCAAAUAAUACCCGGAAUGUGCAUGAUAUGCACGGUUUUAGACGUGUAAGGCCUAAGCGGGCUUUUAUUCUGACAGCAGCGAGGAGGCUUUCCCCUCAGACCCACACAGCGCUUGAUCGUCAGAGAAGACGCGCGUCUGAUGUCACAGAGUCCCGGGGGCGAUCCAGCUUCUCUGCUUUAUAAGCAUCCCGGUCCGGUGGUCGAAACCAGCGAACUGAACCAGACACCAGACCAAGCAGUCACACACUGAGAUAACAAACAUGGUGAAGAUAACUUUCCAGACUGUGUCGGCGCAGAAGCCCGAAAAAGACGGCGAUGCGGACAAGAUCACCAUACCACAGGCUCACGGACAGGGUGUUCCUCCUGUCAGGCCCAGGAAGCCUUUUCCGACCGGCCUGUGCUGCCUCACCUUUGGCCUGGUGGUUUUCUUGUCGGGACUGGUGCUGGCCUCUGUCUACAUUUAUCGCUACAACUUUAUACCUCAGCAGAUCCCAGAGGACAGCUUGUUCCACUGCAGGGUCGUCUAUGAGGACUCCGUAUACGCUCCCCUUAGGGGGAGGCAAGAGCUGGAGGAGAAUGUUGGCAUUUACCUCGAUGACAACUACGAACAGAUCAGCGUACCUGUGCCUCAUUUUGGAGGCAGCGACCCAGCUGAUAUCAUCCACGAUUUCCAGAGGGGUCUCACAGCUUACCACGACAUUGCCUUGGACAAAUGCUACAUCACCGAGCUGAACACCACCCUGGUGAUGCCUCCACGGAGCCUGUGGGAGCUGCUUAUCAAUGUCCAGAGAGGGACGUACCUUCCCCAGACUUACAUCGUCCAGGAGGAGAUGGUGGUGACGGGGAGGGUGAGGAGCAUGAGGCAGCUGGGCCCUUUCAUCCACAGGCUGUGCUUUGGCAAAGAAACCUACCGCCUCAGACGCCGCAGCCAGCGCCAACGUAUCGAGAGGCGUGAGACAAAGAGGUGUCACAGCAUCCGCCACUUUGUGAACACUUUUGUGGUUGAGACCGUCAUCUGCGAACGGUUCUAAAUCUGAGCCGGAUAUCACAGCCAUCCAACUCUGAAGCCAAUUCCAAACCAUACCUCUUGAAUUCCUUAGGCGUUAAACUGCACUUUAAGAGCAAACCAGUAGUUUCAGUUUGAAAGUUUUUGUCUCGACUUCAACUGCUCUUUUAUUUUCAAUGUACAAUGUUCAUGUCUUUUUUAAUUCAAAUUGUAUGUAUAUGUGGAUAAUCUUACCUGUGUGUUUGGAUUUAUCUGUAGCUCGUCUUGUUGAGCAGAAGAUGUUAAUUCAAGUCAGUCUGGGACGCGUACAUCAGAAAACUUGAUUUUGUUUUUUAUUUCAGACUUGUUUUCGUUCUUUAUGAGUAAGCAAACUGGAAGGCUACUCGCACUGUGCACUUCUUUCAGAAUUUGUUCUUUGUUUUUUCUUGUCUUUUUGUCCAAAUGUCAGAAAAUGGCAAAACAUACCUCAUGUAGUUAAUAUGUUAAUUUGCUGGUUUAUAUCAUAUGUUAAUUAUGUACAUACGACAUUGAUUGUUCCUAAGCAAUAUAUAAUGUAAAUUGAUUUUCUUCUUGGUAUCAAAUUCAUAGAUUUCUAUCAGAAAUUGACUUGUUCUGUGAAAGAUCAUUCAUUUAUGAUUAGCCUCUCAUUUUUUUGGUAUCACACUUUCCUACUCCUUGGAUAUAAAUGGCUUUAGACUGUAAUUAGUAGCAGUGUUUUAGAGGGACUGAAGGAACCAAAGUGUGCAGUCAGUGAUGCUAUGCGUAGUGGUAAGGAUUAUAAUAUUUAUAAAGAGUGCUUUAUAGUUUAGAUCACGAGCUGUAGAUGAUAUCAAAGGUUAAAUCCCACUCUUUUGUUUUGCUCUUCCUCCUCCACUCAGAGCUGCCCGUUCGUCUUUAGCUGUUAUGCGUCCAACAUUAUCUCUAUAAUGUUGACUUGUCCCAACUUGAAAACAUUAAGUUUGUUGUUAUUAUGUACGUUGCCAUACAAUUUAAUUGUCUUUCACACUUUGUUUGACUGUACAGUGAAUUUAUCUUCUAAUAUCUUGCUGCUUUAGAAAUAAAUUAUUAAACUUUUCUCAUUUUUCUGCAUUUUUCUGUUUCAUUGAAUUUUACAGUUGAACAUUUCCGAAAGCACAAAGAUGUGAAAGUA